GUUCAACUCAACAACUGUUACAGUCGUGCAUUUGGGCCUCUCUAAAUUUAAACAACCCACAUUUCUACGUGUCAAGAGAAUUCCGAGCAGCCUGCCAACACAAAUCAAAAGAUAAAACUCCUAUAUUUUCGUCCCUCUUUCCCUGAUUCUCUGCUUUCUCCUCCUCAAUUUCUGCAACAGCAAUAGGAAGUAUAUUUGUUUGCGGACUAAAAUUAGGAGGCCAUAAGAAGCGCAGACAUGCAUGCAGGCUGAGCGGGUCUUUCUCCUCUGACUAUUUCCUUUCUGCUCCGCAUCAUCCUCAUUCAGAAAAAGUCUCGGUUUGUUUGCAGGCUGUACAAAUAAAUUCCCAGCACUUUUUUGAUUUCACAUUGCUACAAAUUAGCAGCCUGCUGCUACUUUUUCUGUAGAUUGCUGAAUAGUUUUUUGUUUCUCUUUUGGAUUUUCUUGAGCAGCCCAAUAUUAUAAUGACGGGAAAAAGCGGCACGGGUCAAGCAUGCGCCGCAUGCAAAUACCAGAGAAGAAAAUGCUCGCCUGACUGCCCGCUUGCGCCCUAUUUUCCGCCGGAUCAACCCAAACAGUUUCUCAAUGUGCACAAACUAUUUGGAGUGAGCAACAUUUUGCGUAUACUCAGACAGCUGGAUGAUACCCAAAGGAGUGAUGCCAUGAAAUCUAUUAUUUACCAGGCUAAUGCACGUGAAAAAGAUCCUGUUCAUGGGUGUUUUGGGAUUAUUGUUAUGUUGCAGGCCCAGGUUGAAAGGCUUAAAGAAGAGAUUGAAAUUGUGAGAAGUCAGAUGAUGGUUAUGGAACAGCAGCAGCAGCAGCAGCAGCAGUUUCAGAAUGGUGGUAUUUUGCAGCACCAGCAGAUCCAGGGUCUUGGUGGGCCUGUGAAUCUGUCAAAUCAGCAUUCUGCAAUGCCUGCAACUUGGGUUUCUUACCCUUAUGUUCAGGGUUUUCCUUAUGAGGGAGAGGAGCUUUGUCGUCAAAGUAACUAUGAUUUUGUUAGACCCAGUAGAUUUGUUGAAUAUGAACAGAGGCAACAACCAUAUGGCGAGGUUAAGGAGGAUUAUGAAUCCAGUGCAGAGUCUUCCCUGAAAGAAUCGCAGUGCUUGGAUCACAUAGCAGACCAGGAGCUUAAAAGUGCGGCCGCUUUGUUUACCCUCACCAACCACCACUAGGCACCACACCAGAUCAUUUCUGUACAAUGAUUUUUGGUACAUGUGAACAUAUUUUUGGUACAUGUGAAUAUAUUGACAAAAUGCCGUCCACAUAUUUCUUUCUUGGUCGGUAGUUUGUAAACAGAAUUGGUUAUCCCUGUUUUAUGUCAUGGUUCGAUCUUAUAUUACCAUCAUCAAUGGAAGACUACACCAGUCGUCAUCUGUAAAUGAUUUGUACAUAAAAAAUUUGCAUGGUGGGAAUUAAGAUUCAGUGUAGAUAUAAAAUCAUUUGCUACCAUAACAUCAAUGGUGAUUUUUAUCUUUCUCACGAA